UAAUUCAUUUGAGAGAGAGAUAUUUAUUUUUAUUUUGUUAUUCGAUGAUGAUAAUUCGCCUCUUCCCUCUUUCUCAGUUUUCUCUUCCUUCCUUGACUUUUACGUAUUUAAGUUUUGUUAAAAAGGUAAAAGAAUAAAUUACACAAAUCGACAAAUCGUAUUCUUUUGUUGUUUUUUGAGGCUCUCUUUUUUGUUGUUGUUGUUGGUUUUGGAUCCUUAGGGAUUUCUAGGGUUUUGAAAAGCGCUAUGGGCUGGUUGGUUGUGAUCGAUCUCGAUUUUCUCGAUCGUUGUUGUGUUCAUCAUCAAUGGAGGCCGCUUCAGAAGAAGAGAACCAGAACCAGAACAAUGAAGAAAACAACAACAACAACAAUAACAACAACGGCAAUAGUAACGGGAAAAUCAACAACAACAACAAUUCCAGUGAAGGACAGAGCAAGCCGAAGCGUCAGAUGAAGACUCCGUUUCAACUCGAAACUCUCGAGAAAGCUUAUUCGAUGGAGACUUAUCCAUCGGAGGCGACGAGGGCCGACUUGGGUUGUGGCUGUGGGUUGAUUUUCUUGGCCUGGGUUGUUGUGGGUUUUAUUUUGGUGGUUGUGGGUUGGCUUUGAGAUUGGAAUUUUUGGCUUUGAUUAGUUUUUUUUUUU